AGAUAAAAAUGAAUACUUUUAAAAGAAUACAGGAGACCAAGCAAGCAUCAAGGAAGAAUCCAGUGCAAACAAAUUGGUUGGAUUACAUCCAGGAUGAAAGUCUCAAAACGAUCGUGAUUCCGGUAGGGCCCCGGUUUCAGGCGGACUUGCCGGAGUGGAUUGGUCCGCCCAAUACUGGAAAAGAGAAGGAAGAAUCAAAAUGGUUGGGAACACAGUUAUGGCCAAUCAAGAAUGACGACACAAACGAAGAGAGAAUGAUUGGGAAAGGGAGACCGGAGUUCUGUCACUGUGGGUCGCCUGGAUCAGUGGAAUGUGUGAGAAGGCAUGUGGGUGAUGAAAGGAAAAAGGUGGAAUCUGAACUGGGGCCUGCGUUUCGGGAAUGGAGAUUUGAUGAAAUGGGAGAAGAUGUUUCUAAUGAAUGGACUCCACAGGAGCAGCGCAAGUUCGAGUCAAUUGUGAAAAGGAAUCCGCCAUUGUCUAUAGGUAAAAGCUUUUUGCAGGCUGCCAUGGCGGCUUUCCCCUCCCACAACAGACGCAGCAUCCUCAGUUACUAUUUCAACGUUCAUCUCCCUCGGAGAAUUAGCAAGGAAACAAGGUGGUCGGAUCAUGGUGAAGCCGCCGGCACCGAUGACGAGGAGAAAUCGGCGUCGUCAACGAACUCCAGGAAGACUAGUUGUCGGAAGAAAAGGCGUUUUGUAUAUUGAAAUUAAUCUACAACUCGUACUGGAAGGCAAGCAAAUUCUUUCGUUUGGAUACUUGAUAUACUGUCUAUUUAUGGUGGUUUAAGAUGAAAAGGGAUGACCUUUUUUAAUUGUAAAGCAAUAUUAUAUUAUAUGUACUCUUAAA